AUGUCAAAGGCCAUUCAUCAUAAUGACCCCGAUCGAAGUACUACGCCUGAAUUCGAGGCGUCCCUUGAGAAAAAUCCCCUGUUCCGUCGGUCUUUGACAAUCUCUACAUCAGAUCCUCAGUCAGGUCUCUCAGGGAAGGACAAGAAAGCCCAGCUAUGGGAAGAACUCGAGCAGUUCUACAACAAAAAUGAGGAGACGAUCAGGAAGAUGCAGGCGCUCGACCUCGAGUCUGCUACCAAGGACGAUAGGAUUGCUCAAAGGCUACAAACAACUUUGGAUGGGUUUGUGGAAAUCACAAAGAUUGUUCUGGAUGGCUUGGUUUGUCUGGGGAAUGUACAUCCCGUCCUUGGUGUUGCAAUCUUUGCAUUCCAUUCGGUGAUCAGCCUUGACUUGACGAGGAGGGAUAACGAGAAGAAGGUGAUAGUAGUUAAAUUGCAAAUGCAAAAUAUGAUGUGCAGCAUGUUCCAAUUGAAAGAUUUGAGGCACGCUCAUAUUCAAGAAGCCGGGAGAGAAGAACAAGAGGCUAGGCUGCAGGAGCUGAUCAAAGAUAUAGCAGCUGAUAUCACACGUUGUGGGAGUGAUUUGAACUCGUUCAUGAACAGAAAGCUUGUUUCUAAAAUUGUUCACGCCAGAGGAUACGAAGAGAAAUUCGCAGAGCACAUCGCCAAGUUCAUCCAGCGGCGGGCUGAGCUGCAGAUUGUACUAACCGCGUACAUCGCUGCGAGUAUCGAUGUAGUGCACACCACUCUCAACGACAUGGCCGCCAAAGUGGAUGACAUAAACAACAAGCUCGAGAUGAUACUCACACGUCUGUUUCCAAAGUUGAGUACCGCGCGCGAGGACGAGCUCUACAACCUCGUCGAUCGGUACGGCGGCUUCGAAGAAUUUCUCAAGCGCGAUGACUUGCUCACCGAGUUAUAUGCCAAAGCUAUCUCGAGCGCUGCUGCAUCAUCUACAGACGGUAGCGGUGGCGGAGGUACCCAAAUUUCCGCAUGGCAAACUUCAGCAGUGACCGAUGCGUCUCCGCGCCAACGGGAGAUCAACAUCAAAGAGUUCAAAAAAGAUUUGAAGAAUGAGAUUGGGUAUGACUUGAACGAUAUCUUAAGGACUAAUUUUGAGCGGUUCGAGAAGUUACUCAUGGUGCAGCAUAACAAUAACACAGAGCGCCUGGCAAGCCAGAUGGAGCAGCAUGGUUACAAGUUGGACAAUAUCCUUACAACUGUUACGUCACUUUCGGUGCUAGAUCAGGGUAAGCUUGUCAACAGGACACUGGCCAUCCGGAAGGAGAAGUUGCAGGAUCCUGAAUUUCAAACUAUCUGGGACCAGAUGCGUCUGGGUCGAAGUGUGAAAGCGAAAACUUUUGUACUAACCUUCCGCGACUAUUUCCUUGUCGGCGAUCGCUCUACCCCAGGAACGCCCAUGCUCUCUGAUUACGGAAAUAUUGUGGUAACACGAGAAUUGUCGCCUAGGCCGAAUGUUACGCCGAUUGUCAAAGAAGACCCCUGGGUGUUCGAUUAUAUCGAUGUCACCCAUGUUCAACCUAUUGUGGAGGCCAUGGAUGAGGAUGGAUCGGGCUUCAUAAGCGUCAGGGAGGCCAAUAAAUUCGCUUCUUCUCGUCCUAAAGGAAUCAGCUUACUACACUGGAUCGCUUAUUGGGCCGCAGGUUGGCACAUUGACGUGACCUAUUAUCACUCUAAGAUUUAUGCAAUCCUGGUGGAUAUGCACAAGGCUUUCAGAACCGUGCUAUGGGCCAAUCAACCCUACGUUGACGACUAUCUCAACUCAAUGGCUGUACUUACUCUUGAAGGCAUUCUUCGAUCGAUAAAGCCCUUACCUUCAACAGCAGAGAAGGAACCAAAGUUGAUGGAGAUUGUAGAGAGAUUGAGGGCCUCUCGAGAGGAGCUUAUCCUUUCGAAUCUUAAAGAGAUGUCAUAUCUUCUUCAGUCUCCAGCAGAUGUUGCUGUCAUUGUGGGUUCUGGCAGAGUUGAGACUUGGUUUUUGCCAUUGACAUAUCUUCUUCUAAAACGGCAUUUAGCUAUUAUAAAUCUGUCGAAGGAUCACCUCAUAACAGAUAAAGAGCUGCAAACUCACUCUGAGUCGUUGGAUAGCAUUUUGGCAACUUUCAACGACCGUAUGCAUGUCCUGCAGGGGAGGUUCGAACAAAUUCACCGUGACGUUGAACGUCAGUUCAGCAUUCACGCUUAUGGAAUGUUUCUUACUUCCUAUAAAAAUACUACACUCAAACUUCUCCACAGCAAGUUACUCGAGUUCAAAUACAGCAGAACGAUCUCUUCUUUCGAUUCAGAAAAGGAGCCAAACAACGAUACAUCCAUCCUUAAUUUUGGACUUGGUACUCCACUGUCCUAUUCUGAAGCUGUUUCUGUGUCAUCACCUGCAGCCAUUGAAUCUAGUCCAUCUCCGUCAAUGUUGAUUGAUAAAGUUCUCGAAGCCCCUACAGUGACAAACUCUAUUGAAGGGUCCUGGACUGGUGUAUGCUACCAGGUCAGGAACACGGAUAACAAAUGCUUGUAUACCCCUGGAAGUUUCGAAGUCGUAUUCGAAGUUUUUGAUUCAACGUUACGUGGUACAGGCCUUGACUCGAGCGGGCGACUCGAGUUUGCGGGGUCGAUCAAGAAUGACAACGACGCUACUUCGAGCGUUUCAUUUGUCUUUACGUCGAGUGGGGGUAGGAUAAGAUGUGCGGGAACGUAUGAUUCGGUCAAGGACAAGGUUUACGGACGGUGGAGUUGGGAGCCCAACACGGGUGGGGUAAAUCAUGACUCGGGGGAAGAACUGGGUGAAAAUCACGAUUAUCAAACCGAAGAUGGGGACGCCCAAGGUGAAGAAGAAGAGCAUGGGAAUCAAGAAGACGGAGGUGAUGAAGCUGAAGGCGGUGAAGAGGAAGUGAACAAGGAAGCCGGGAAUGGGGACGCAGUCAAAGCAAAACAACAGCAGGGAGAUGUAGAAGUUCAAAUUGCAGACAGCCCUUCGAGGGACGCAGUCUCUGUUGAACACGAAGAGUCAUUGGAUGAUGCUUACUCAAUCUCAGAUAUGGAUAUUUUCCAGUCCAAUGAUUCAGAACAUUUGGAGGCCACCGUUUUUUAUGAAUUCAUUCUCACAAGGACGCCAAAAGAUGUCUAUCGAUUCAGAUAUCUUAUUGACCACCCUGGACAGAGGCACAGAGCAAAUCUUGCUCAACGGAGAUGGUUUUUUGCCAUCGAAGCUGUACUGCUUCGUGUCCGGCGUGCUCAUGGAUUUUCCAAUGCUAUCAAGACCGGUCUUGCAGAACGGGUAAAAUGGAUCGAGCUUUCGAUUCGGUAUCGAUUGUUUAGGUAUUAUAGCACCAUCACCGACAAUCUCUCUGGUGAACUCAUCGAUGAACUUUUGACACUCAUGUGGCGUACACCUCCGGAGAACGCCCAGAUUUAUCACAGUUUGACUACAUAUUAUUUCAGAAGGGUGAGCUAUGAACGGUAUAUCUACUGUUACUCGUGCAAUGUGCCGAUCCCUUUCACCCGGUUCAUAUGCAUUACAUGUGUCGCGGAAGACUUCGACGAUCAGAUUGUGUUAUGUCCAGAGUGCAUCGGGUCGCGUAGUCUGGCUAUCGGCAAAUUCGUGCACAGCAUAUCACAUUGUCUUAUAUGUUCGCCUGUGCGGGUUCAUUGUUACGAGCUUUCGGAUGUCAUCUUCAAAGCAAGGCGCAGAUCCACGAGACUCAUAGCUGCCUUCAAGAAUUUGGAAACCAAGGCGAAACGUUUGGAGUUACAAAACAAUGAGGAGAUAAAUGGUAGCAAAGUUGGACAGCUUCAGAUAGGACCAGAUUUGGAUUUAGAUAGCGUCGCGCCUACUUCUGAGGUAUCAUUGAUGUGUGCCUGCUGCAGUACAGACCUGACUCUACCGUUCUGGGCGUGUGUCAGCUGUGAACUCGACACCCUUUUCUGUCUUAAAUGCGAGCCAUUGAUUCAACAUUUCCAGCCACGGUACAACAAUUCUGAAAAUCAUUCGUAUAAGCAUGCCCGGCUGCUGAUCACCUCUGAGAACAAGAUAUCCACAGAAUCCCGCGAAAUCCGUUUGGAGAAGCAGUUGAGUAGCAUGGGAGACAGAAUGGCAAGCCUUCAAAACGGAAUGGCAGCAUUGGAGGAAAGUGUUAACAACAGGCUAGACGCUAUCCAUGCGAAGUUUCUCGAUGUGGCAGCUGGCAGCACUGGCACCGAAGGGACACCUGCACUCGGUGAUCGGAUAGGGCCAGACAGCGUGGAAUCGCCCCAACAACUUGACUUUGAGGCCAGUUUGGGUGCUUCUUCAAGCAAACACUAUAGAGACAGUGGAGCUAGAGAUCUUUCUACUUAUCCACGUUUGCCAGCGGAAGAAAAAUUGGCGGCACUUGAGGAGAACGUUAAUCGAAGGUUCGAAUUGCUGGAGGAGAAAGUUGACAGCCAAUUAGGACGGCUCUUUGAUCUUAUGCAGGAGGUUAUUUCGGCCACUAGGGGACGUGGCCGAAUUUGA